AUGGUUGGUGUUGCUGGCCUUCGGGCACCUCAAAUGGCUGCUUCGGUCACUCGGCAACGUCUAGCCACUCCAUUCCGGUCAUCAAGAUCCAUAUCUUCAUUUCGCCUCUCUGGCAUUCGGCUGCCCGGCUCGCAAGGUCAAUUAGGCUCCGGACUCACUAAGACAGCAACAUGGCGCCCAGCUCCAGCAAUCACAGCCCUCGGGGCCGUGCGAUUCAAUUCCACCACCUCAACUGCCCCCUCCGCCGCCGCAGACGCGAACGCGAGCACUCCAGCCCCCGCCGUCAAUGAUCUCUCCUCAAUCGACAUUACCUCUAUUCCCGAGCAUAUCGGGUACCUGAAAGAACUUGGUCUGGACUAUGGCUGGGGUUUUACUGCGACUAUGGAGUGGCUUACGGAACACAUCCACCUUUCGCUCGGGUUUUCCUGGGUCAGCAGCAUCGUCAUCAUGGGUAUUCUGACCCGCGCAGUGCUCCUGAGGCCCUUCUUUCAGGCCUCGGAUAACGGGGCCAAACUAGCGGCAAUCAAACACAUCGAGGAGCCCAUCCGAUCCGACUACAUACGACUCCAAAAAGAAGGGAAGACGCUCGACGCUCAGAGAAAGGUUGCGGAAUUAAGAGACUUGCGAAAGGCUCAUGGUAUCUCUGCUAUGAAGUCCCUUGUCCCCAUGCUUCAGAUUCCCCUUGGUUUCGGCAUGUAUCGACUCGUGAAUGGCAUGGCAUCGCUUCCUGUGCCAGCACUUGCCGACGAGAGUUUCUUGUGGAUCACUGAUCUGACUGUCAGGGAUCCCACCAAUAUGCUUCCUAUUAUUAGUGCCCUAGCCGUGGGGUUCAGUCUUGCUAGAGGAGCCUCGAGUGGCUCUAUGGGAAUGCUGAAUGGCCCAGUCGGGAAGGGACUCCCGUAUAUCCUCCCUGGUAUAACACUUCUCUUCAUGAUGUUCCAGCCCGCUGCCCUUCAGCUGUACUUUGCUUCCACAGGUGUCUGGGCUGCUGUCCAGUCGGCGAUAGUCAACAGCCCUAGGUGGCGCCGGCGCUUGGGCUUGGCGCAAUUUCCCACUAUGCUCAACGCAUCUGCCCCCAACAAAACCAAUUUGGAGCGACUGUUGGACCGUGCCCACGCCGAUAUGAAGACCGGGAACGGCGCUUCGAGCACCGGCAAGGAAAGUGUCAUUGAUCAGGUUCUGAAGUAUUUCUCAACCGUCAGCGAGGAGGCAGCCAGACCAAACUCCGCGAUGGAUCGCUUGCCCCCUCCACCCCGGAAGACAGAGAAGGAAUUGCGCGCACUGCUCAAGUCCGAGGAAGCGAAAUUUGCUGAAGCUACCGAGGACCGCUUACGACGAAAUGAAGAGCGGAUUCGGGCCCACCAGAAGCAUCUUUUAGCUAAGAAGGCUGCUAAGCAAGACUCUCAUUAG